CGCCGUGUCCCCGCCUGGCCGCAGUCUGCAGGGGAGCUGGAGAACGAUGAGCGCACGGCCGCCGUCCUCUCGGAGCUGGUGAGCACCGCCUGCGGGCUGCGGCUGCCGCGCGGCCACGAGCCGCCCUUCAAACGGCUCUCAGUGGUUUUUGGGGAGCAUUCCCUCCUGGUCACCGUUUCGGGGCAGAAGCUCUUCGUGGUGAAGCGACAGAACCACGUCCAGGAACCCAUCACGGCCUGAGUGUCCCCAAAGUGUCCCCAAAGUGUCCCCAAAGUGUCCCCAACCGCCCCCAAAGUGUCCCCUCCCCACACUGUGACAAUAAAUUAUGUCCUCACGUGUC